AUGACGAGAAGAAAACGCCUUGAGGCGGGUGAUGUCCUGUGCUUCCUAUUUUGGUUCCCAAUCUCUGGUUGCUUUCUCUUCUGUUUUGGAACCCAUUUCCUUAAAUUAAAAGUGACUCCUGUUGUUAACAUCUUAUCCUACUGUUCUCGUAUCUGGUGCCUUAAUAGUUGCAGUUCAGAAGAAGAAGCCGUUUCUAAAAGAAGGGAGCUUUCCAAAGAGAAUACAGAUGGCGAGGAGGCUACUGCUAACUCUGGGGACACUAAUGAUGAUCUUCCAAAGGGUCCUCCUUUGUCUCCUGCGAAGGUGGAUGGGGAAGGAGACACAAGUCCUCUUCUUUAG